ACACAGUUUGGGAAUUAUCGGGACUGCAAGGCAAAAUCGCAAACGCAAUCACAAUCACUCCUACGGCUACCUGCCCGCUGCGCGGAGACAAGAGCUUGACACUCGUUGUUCUUUCGGAAAAUACAAAUAACACCGGUUCUCAUCCCCACCAUCUACCUAGGACGGCAGAAGGAUUGCCUCGAAGCACAGCCAAUUCGCUGCAUAGACCGCAAUCCACGGCCUUUGUCGACGAGAACACCAACACUCUAAUCCGCCAUCACCAACCCACCACAUAACCCUCAACAAACAAUACACCUCAACCAUCAUGCCGUCCCCCAUCCGCCAAAACCGCUUCCAAUCCUUCACCCCGCUGCGCACAACACACACCUCCCUCCGCCGUCUCAAAACGGCCUUCUCCCCCACCCGCACCGCCCGCUCGCCUUCCUCCGCCUCCACCUCCUCCAGCGCCUCCUCCACCGGCACCACAUCCCCGCUCACCAACCACUCGCGGACCUCGAGCCCCGAGUCCCGGAACUCCAGCCCGCGGUCCUACCGCUCCGAUUCAUCCUCCUCUUCGGGCUCGGGGCUGAGUCUGGACCUACACAGCGCGCUGUUUGUGCGGCGCAAGCCGAGUAUGCUUGAGGUGGAGAUGUUGGAGGAAAGGAGGUGCUUUGGGAUGGAGUUGGGGUUGUUGGAGCCGAGGCCCGUUGUUGGGAUGGAGGUGGGGAUUUUUCAGGUGUUGGAGGGGGAGUGUUAGAUGCCGAAGAAGACGGGGAAGAAAGAAGAGGAAGGGAGCGCUAGGUGAUGCUCGAUGAUGCCUUUUAGAGAAGAUGGAGAUGGAUGAAGGGGGUUUUCCUGGGUUAAUGCGAAGGGUGGGGUGUCGGGAUAUGUGUGGGUUCUUGGGAUGGCGUUUCUUGUCUUUUCCUUGU